CUACCUACCUCAGUAUCCAAUAGAGCCAUUCUUAAACGGGAGGAAGAAUAAAAUUAGAUCUUCCAAGCGAACAAACGUUUACCUCAAUUAUUGCGCGAAAAUGGGAAGCUAGAUAAUAUACAUACCGGUAUAGUCUUCACCCAUAUUCGGUGGAGCAGACUACCUAUUGUCGAUCAUCAGUCUCAGGUUUCUGAUGAUGUCAACCUUGAAAAAACUUCAACGCCAAUGACGACUGAGACCGGGAGAUCAACUCAACUGGAAGUUUUACCUGUUAACCCAGAACUGAACAAGAAGAGAUGGACAGGGGGGGUCAAGAACUGCCGAAAGGUUGAUUAAGAACUGCCCAAGUUCCGAACCUCGUGACAAGGGUACGCCGUCUAGCAAAGGUUCGAAAGGGAUCUGGAUGUCCCUGCAUUAGCCAUAUUCUUUCUUCAACGACCUUGAUUUGCUUUACAGCUUCAUUGCCACGGGAACCUGGUAUCCCUAGGUGGUUAACUAGGAAGCUUAGUAGGCAGAGAAGACACCCUUACAAGCAAGCCGGCAUUGUUUCUUUUUCAUGGCAUUGGCAUUCAAGAAGCAUCACCAAGUAUCUAUUAUAUGCUUUGUCUAGCGAAUCGUAUACAGAGUAUAUGUGGUCAUCCCAAAUACAUCACCAUCAGCUCCAUAAUAAUAAAUUACUUUUCUCGUCUCUCAAUUCGAAUUUGUUAUUUCAGGCGGAGAGUUUCCUCUGUACCUACUAUCUAAUUGUGAGUGAAGUUCUACGGUCGUUCGCCUCGUACCCCGCCGUGUGGUGCAACAUGCCACCACCCCACGACGCGUCUAAACACGUUCAAUGGUAGGCUAUCUUUCAUCUAACAACUGAAGUGACAUUGUUCCGACAAAAGAAAAUCGAGAUGGCAGACACAACCAGUGACGAAGAUCGAGAGCGCCUCAAGGCUGCCUUGUGGUACGCAGUUGGCCAAAUAGUUGAUGAGGAGUCUCUACGUCGUAACCGAAAUGCCACACCACAGUUCAUCGGCGCACUCACAGAGCUAGUCUGGACACAAGUCGAAAACGUUGCCACAGAUCUGGAGAGUUUCAGCAACCACGCUGGACGGUCCACAGUGACAACAGACGAUGUGUUACUUCUCGCCAGGAAGAAUCCCGAUCUACAUCAGAUCAUGAAAGAGUUUGUUGACCAGGCCAAGGCAGAGAAGGGAACUGCAAAGAGUAGAGGGGGUGCGAGCAAACGUUAGACUUGUGGGAGGGCAUCUGGGAGUUUGGCGCAACAAAAGGGACUUGACUGGCGAGCCAGAGAUUACGGUUAACGAUACGCAGCUUGUGAGAAAAGUGCUGACAAUCAACCGGCUAUUUGUUUACUCCCCUUUCUACGUGUAUAUGUGUAUGUUCUAUGGACUCUCUCAGAUCUUGAUCGAGGAUUCCCCUCGAUAUUUAUCCCGAUAUUCAUUGAGCAUCCCCAGAGUAACAUUCGAGCCACCACAAAGCACGAUCACCACAUUCUUCUUACCCCAUUCCUCGUCGGACAUGCCCUGUCCAAGCACUCUUCUCAGAUCCCCACGAUAAGCGGGGGCCAGCGCAGCACCGCACGCGACUUCAACCAAAUGCCGCCCAUCGUCAGCGAAGCGCACGGCACUAAUGGCAGCAUCGGCAUCAGACACAACGAGGCUCUUCAUAGUCUCUGGAGAAUUCUGGCUCCAUUUCCAAGUCUGCUCUGACACUCUAGUGGCGCCCAGAGACGUUGCGAUCGAGGUCAUCUCAGGGAGUGUUACGUGUUCUUUAGCAAGGACACUUGCAUUGAGACUGUCUGCUCCCUUCGUUUCGACGGCCACGACAGCUGGUUUCUUAUCUUGCCAAGGACGGCCCUCAACGCCUUGCAUCAGGCCAUUGAUCAAACCACCGCCUCCGACACUACAGACAAUGGCUUCGAUGGGCUCUUCAAGUUGAUCUCGGAUCUCAUCAACCAUAGUUGCUGCACCAUCCCAAACCCGAGGGUCGUCGAAAGGCGGGACAUAUAUGCCCGUGGGAUCAUUUGCCAAUAGCUCCUCACGCAUAUACUUGUCACACUCGGCCCAAUUCCUGCCUUCUUGGUGUACUUCCACCCCAAGGUCGAGAAGCUUGCCCUUCAUGAGCUCAGUAAUGAUGGUAGGAAUUACGAUAGUCGCCUUUUGGCCCAGAGAGAGGGCAGAAGUUGCACAUGCCAGACCAGCGUUGCCGCCAGAGGAGCAGUAGAAGUGGACCGGGCCUGUGGCAGCCGCCGCCGCCUGGGUCAUAAGGUUGCCAAUGCCGCGGGACUUGAAAGAGCCUGAGGGUUGAAGAUUCUCAAGCUUAAGGUACACAUUGCUCAGAUGAUGUCAGUUGAUUUGAUCUGUGUCGUGACGGUGAAGCUCACCAG